CUGACGCAAACCGGCCAAAUCGCUCCCGUUACGUCAUCUCCUAGCGACCGCGGCAGCGCUUCGCGCCAAGCAGCUGAAAGAAUUUCUGACUUUUCUGCUACAAACCUGCGAGCAAAGUGCGAGAGAAGCGGGUCCAUCAUGGAUAUUAGGCGGUUCUUUGGACCAGUGACAGGAAAGCCUGCCCCUAAUGGAGAAGUCAAACCAGAUGAGAAGAAAAGGAAGAGUUCCUCAGAAGAAAAUGUAAAAAAGAAAGAGACCUCUAAGGUCAAAAGCUCCAAAAAUGGGGAUCGUCACAAAGGCAGCGACAAGAAAAGAAAGAAACGUCAAGUCAUAGAAUCCGAUUCUGAAGCAGAGGAGGAAGAGCCAGUGAUGAAGACUAAGAAAGCCUCCAAAGAGAAAGCUGCCACCAGCAGAGCAAAGCCCCCUCCUAAGAAGGACCCUGUUCAGUACGUCUCUGAAACAGACUCGGAUAAUGACAACUUCCAAAGUCUGAAGAAGGCUUCCAAGUCCAAACAGAACUGUACCAAUAAAAAGUCAGAAGAAGACAGUCCAAAAAUCAAAGAGCGGCAAAAGUCCCCUGCGAAGGUUUCCUCCAGUCAGGGGAAAACAGGGAUCAAGAGCCCCAAAGCUCCUACAACCCCUAAGCUAGCUCCUCCUCCUCAACCCAAGCAGACUCCCACCUCUGUACUCGACUACUUCGGCAGCGGACAGAUCCACCGCUCUGACAAGAAGCUGGUAGCCAGCGCCAAGCGGAAGGCUCCGACCCAAGACUCUGAUGACCUGAUCAGUGACGAGGAAAUGGCCCGGCAGCUGCAGAUGGAAGAGGACAUGGAGAUGGAAAAACGAAUCCAUGAGGAUGAGGAGUUUGCCAGAACGUUGGCCAUGUUGGACACAGAGCCUCAAGCCAAAAAAUCUCGCAAAAACUCUGAGGAAAAACCAGCCACGACCCCCAAAAAGAGCAGCCCGAUGAAGAGCAGUCGAAGCCCUUCAGGGGACGUGGUUGGUCCGUCGCCCAAGAAGAGUCCUGCUCCGGCCAAAUCCAGCUCCAAGCUGGCUAUGAUGAAGAAACGGGACGAGGAAAAGGAUGAAGGAGCGAAAAGUAAAGCGCUAAAUUCGCCCAUUAAAAAUAGAAUUUCUCCAAAGAAGGAGCCCAAGGCAUCUUCGAUUUCAGACGUGAAGUUCACACCUAAAACAGGAACCACACCGACUGCACUUAAAACGUCUCCAAAGAAGCCCGAGAGCACAAGUACGAGUCCUGAAGAUGCAGAGAAGAAGAAGAUGCACUCUUUAGCUUUCAGGAAUUUCCUCAACAGGGACGGACCACGAGCUCUGGGAUCCAAGGAAAUCCCACAGGGAGCGGAGAACUGUUUGGAGGGUUGCGUGUUUGUGCUGACAGGAGUCCUCGAGUCGAUGGAGAGAGACGACGCCAAAACUCUCAUCGAGCGCUACGGAGGCAAAGUGACGGGCAACGUCAGCAAGAAGACCACCUACCUGGUGCAGGGCAGAGACAGCGGGGUGUCAAAGCUUGAAAAGGCUGAGAGUUUAGGUACCAAGAUCCUGGAUGAGGACGGUUUGUUGGAGCUGAUCCGAACCAAACCAGGAAAGAAGUCAAAGUAUGAGAUUGCUGCAGAAGCCGAGAGCAAAGCUUCAAAAACUGGAUCAACUUCAAGUCAAAGCUCAAAGAGCACCCCCAAAGCUCAGAAGACCUCUCCCUCCAAGGGUAACUCCACUUCGCCUCAGACCCCGAGCCCAUCGAAGACCGGCCAGGCGCUGAGCCGAGGAUCCAAAAGCAGUGGUAGCAGCACCCCAUCAGGGAGAGGCUCCGGACAAACGGCCCGCAGGGAACUGGGCCUUCCCUCUUCCUCCUCAUCUUCAGCUCCAGGACCCCCAUCACCCCAGGGGGAGGCUGCCACUCUUCUGUGGGUGGACAAGUAUCGUCCACGUUCUCUGAAGGCUGUGAUCGGCCAGCAAGGGGACCAGAGCUGUGCCAACAAGCUGCUUCGCUGGCUGCAGAACUGGCACAAGCACCACAGCGGAGGCACGGGCAAACCAGCAGCGCCAAGGUACGGUAAGUUUGGAGGAGGGAAAGAUGACGGUUCAGGAUACAAAGCUGCUCUGCUCUCUGGCCCACCAGGGGUGGGGAAGACCACCACAGCGGCUCUGGUCUGUGAGGAGCUGGGCUUCAGCUACGUGGAGAUGAACGCAAGCUGCACCCGCAGCAAAAACAGCCUGAAGGAAGUCGUAGCCGAGUCGCUGAACAACACCAGCAUCGAGAACUUUUACAAAGGGACGUCUCAGACGGUGAGCAGUAAGCACGUCCUGAUCAUGGACGAGGUGGAUGGUAUGGCUGGGAACGAGGACCGGGGAGGAAUCCAGGAAAUGAUCGGUCUGAUCAAAAACUCCAAGAUUCCCAUCAUCUGCAUGUGUAACGACCGGAACCACCCUAAGAUCAGAUCCUUGGCCAACUACUGCUUCGACCUGCGCUUCCAGAGGCCGCGGCUGGAGCAGAUCAAGGGAGCCAUGAUGUCAAUUGCUUUUAAGGAGGGAAUCAAGAUCCCCCCUCCUGCUCUCAAUGAGAUCAUCUUAGCCUCCAACCAGGACGUGCGGCAGGUGAUUCACAACCUGAGCAUGUGGUCGGCCAAAGACAAGGUGAUGACGUACGACCAGUGCAAGUCUGACGCAGCCAGCGCCCGCAAAGACAUGAAGCUGGGGCCGUUCGACGUCUGUAGGAAGGUGUUCGCCGCAGGCGAAGAGACGGCGCACAUGAGCCUCAUCGACAAGUCGGACCUCUUUUUCCACGACUAUUCGCUGGCGCCGCUGUUUGUUCAGGAGAACUACCUGCACGUGCGCCCAGCAGCGGCUCGCGGUGAUGCCAAGUCCCACCUGGUGCUGCUCAGUAAGACCGCAGACUCUAUCGCUGACGGUGACCUGGUGGACAGAAGGAUCAGAUCAGGACAAAACUGGUCCCUGCUCCCCACUCAGGCCAUCUUUGCCAGCGUGCUGCCAGGCGAGCUGAUGAGAGGCUACAUGUCUCAGUUCCCAGUGUUCCCCAGCUGGCUCGGCAAGAACUCCUCUACCAACAAACAUUCCCGCAUCGUUCAAGAGCUCACCUCACACAUGAGCUUAAAGACCCUGAGCAGCAGGCAGGCUGUGAACCUGGACUACCUGUAUUACCUGCGGCAGGCGCUGCUGCAUCCGCUCCAGAGGCAGGGAGCAGAGGGCGCCGCUCAGGCCGUGCAGCUCCUGGACGACUACCAGCUCCUUAAGGAGGACGUGGACAGCCUGAUGGAGAUCAGUGUCUGGGGCGGCCAGCCUGAUCCUUACAGCAAACUAGACUCCAAGGUGAAGGCAGCUUUCACACGGGCGUACAACAAAGAGGUCCACCGGGCGCCGUACUCCCUGCAAGCCGUGAAGAAAGGCCGCAGAGGUGGAGGAGACCUGGAGUUAGGAGGGGAGGAAGGCCCAGAGGAUCAGGAGUCUGAGGACGAGGCAGAGGGCCUGAAAACUGAUGCUAUGAUCAAACAAAAGAAGACCAAACCAAGUAAAGAGUCAACUAAGGCGAAGAAGGAAGAGUCUGGGAAGGGGAAAGGCAAGGGGAAAGGAAAAGCUAAGAAAUGAGGAGACAGACUCCAUCUCUGCACUUCAGUAAUCCGCUAGCAGGCGCCAGAAGAUCAGGAAACUCAUCAUCGUUUUACUCCCACCAGAGUGACUGCUGCUUUUUUAACCUCCACUCUAUAUACUGAACAGAUGAUGCACCUAAUCUGCCGGUUGUCCCAUUAUCAUGUCUGCAGGUUUGAUUCUCAUCCAGAUUAGUCUUCGUUCGUUCUGCUUUCGGUUCUACUCCAACUAUUGCAGAUGUAAAUAGAAGAAAACUUAUCAUUCUGCUGCCACUGCAACUCAGAAAUGUCUAAAUGUUUUUCUUGUAAAUUGCAAUUUUCUAAUAGAGGAAUAUGUUGCUCAUACAUGUUGGGUGUUUUGUUUUUUAGACACGAAGAAAGAAACAAAGUCCAGGUCUGAUAAAUGGCUUUAAGGGUUAAAACCCGAUGGAAAGAUCUCACUGUUGUACAGACUGAGGCGAUGUUAAGCAAUUGUCUAGUUGUAGAUUUAAUAUUAAACAUGUUCUGGGGGAAUUUCACCCCUUAGUCAAACA